CUCGCGCCAAAAUAACAACAGUCGCUUAGAAGUUGGGUUUCCCGCCAGGCUGUUGUCGUCAUCACAGUUUUAUUGUUAAAAAAGUGCCUGACUUUACGAAGAUUUACAACUACGAUUGUGUUUUAUCACUGCGAGGAUGGCUACUCCUAGAAGAGAGACCUUGCGCAGACCAGAUGUUCCUCGUCGAAGGUCAGCUCGACAAGCUUUGGCUGUGAUUCCAGCAUCUGCUAGCUCAAAUAUUUCACCAGCAACUGAUACUGCAGCAAGAAGGUACAGUGUAGACUCAAACAACUCUGCCCCAAGUCCAGACGAAAUGGUUAUACAGAGACGUGGAAGGAGAAAGUCUAUAGUUUGGUCACCUGACAUUGAAACUGUCAAACGAGAAAGUAUUUUUAGAGACAGAACACCAGGAAAAAGUCCAUCAAAAUCUUUGUCUCACAUCACAUUAAGAAGUACUCCAAGAAAGAGACUUCAGCUAGAUGAUAGUGAUAUUGAAAUGGUUUCACCAGAAGAACGUGACAAAAAUUCAAUGGUGAAUCGAUUCACUGGAAGUUUGUCAAGUGGUUUAAGAGGUCUAAGUCAUGAACAGUUAGUCAAGAUAAUAAUGGAUUUAGUCUCUAUGCAAGAGGAUCACAUGAUGGCUCCAAACGAUCAGUUACGUGAUAUCAUUUUGAGAAAAAUGCCUGUUGCUGAUAUUCAACCAUUGAAAGAAAGAUUGGCUCAGCUCAGGCAGAAUGUCUAUGCUAGUUUAGUUCCUUCCACUAAAGGUGAAUCGGAUUAUAGUCGAGCUUACGUGCAUUUAGAAAAUUUUCAGAAAACUUUGCGAGAGCAAGGACAAACUUUGGUAGACUCUCAACACUGGACAGCAGUAGUUCAGUACGUUUUUUCUGCUUGGGUAAUUACAAAGGAUCUUCCUGAAUGGAAAAACCAAGGAACACAUAGUACAACUCAAAAAUGUUACAAAUAUCUAACAGAAUUCUGUUUACAAGGAUUAAAGAAUGGGACGUUUGCUCCAAGCACACUGAAUAUUUACAAAGAAAAACUUCAAACGUUGUUGGAAGAUUUCAGCGAUGUUAACGUUUGUUUACAGUUGAUCAACAAUGGUAAAGCGUGACAUGACACUCAGUAUAUAAUUUUAUAUAUUAUUUUCUUUUAGAUCAAAUUUUACACUUAAUGACGUUGACUAGAUUUAAAAAUUGGGUACAAUGAGUUGACAGCGUCUGCGAGGAUGAUCACUAUAAAAUUUAAUUACUAGUCUUAAUUGUUCUGUUGUUUCAAUAGAAUAUUGACAAUUACAUUGUAUAUGUAUAUAUAUACUUUCAAAAAGUAGGAAGUUUUGUGAUGAGGCAAUUGUGCAUGUUUGUAAUGUUAUUUAAUUUAUGAAUUAUUUUUUACAAGAUUGAUAACGUACCCAGUGUUAGUCUUCCCUCAUUGUAUAGCUAACAAGAUUGUAAAGUAGAUGGAAGAUAUAAUUUUUAUAUUAUAUUUAUACAAAGCUUUCUGGAGCGAGAUGG